CCUCUCCUCUCACUACUACCGACACACUCGCAUCGAGCGAGUGUUAAUUCAAACCCACUGUGCAGCCAUUAGAACGACGAACGUUCGAUUAGAAACGCUUGAACCGCUCAUCACGACGGAGCCAUGGCAACGAACCCCAUCAUCAAGCUGUACACGGCGAAACUAAGCCCACCGGGUCGUGCCGUAGAACUGACUGCCAAGCUGCUCGGCCUGUCCCUAGACAUCGUCCCAAUCAAUCUGCUCGCCGGUGAUCAUCGGACGGACGAGUUUCUGCGCCUUAACCCGCAGCACACAAUCCCGGUGAUUGACGAUGGUGGUGUGAUCGUGCGGGACAGUCACGCCAUCAUCAUCUAUUUGGUGCAGAAGUACGGAAAGGAUGGUCAAACCCUCUAUCCGGAAGAUCCAAUCGCUCGGGCGAAGGUAAACGCUGGCCUGCACUUCGAUUCGGGCGUACUGUUCUCUCGGCUGCGGUUCUAUUUCGAACCGAUACUGUACGAAGGAUCGGCGGAAGUGCCGCAGGACAAAAUCGACUAUAUGAAGAAAGGGUACGAGCUGCUGAACGACGCCCUGGUGGAGGAUUACAUUGCGGGAAGCUCACUUACGCUGGCCGAUGUUAGCUGCAUCGCAACGAUUGCGACGAUGGAGGAGUUCUUCCCGAUGGAUCGCUCCCGCUAUCCGGCGCUGGUGGCGUGGAUUGAACGGCUCAGUCGUACCUUGCCUGAGUACGACCAGCUCAACCAGGAAGGGGCGGUAGAGUUUGCAGAAAUCUGUGAAUCGCUGAGGCUUAAAAAUGGGGCGUCGGUCGCUGCGAAGUAAAGCCACGAUUCCAAGGGUUUUGACCACUUCAUGGGGAAUUGCUGUCCCAUAGUGACUUAAGCCAAACGCGCACGCACACAUGCACAAGCAAAAAGAUUGGGAGUUUGUUUACGAUUCUUGUCGGUUCCGCCCGUUCGCCCUGUUUCGCGGCUUUUCAAUGUCACCAACACACAUGCACGGAGGAAUUCUAUUUCUGCGGCAUCUACGUUUAUUUGGUAGCACAUAAACCGAAAAAAAAUAUAAAAAAACAAGCAGCGAAUUAAAUUGACAUUUCUAAAUAAAGUUCUCCUGAAAUGUAAACAAAUA